UCGGCACACACCGACUUUUUUCUUCCUAGUCCAACUCGGUCUUCUCCUUAACCGACCCACCGAAUUCUCUAUAUAAAUAAACCCCGAGCCACUGCUUUCAUCUUGUGGUAGCGCAUUUAGUUCUUGCAUUCCAAGGUUGCUCUCUUUUCUGAUCUCGAAGUGAUUCGUUUGAGUUAUUAUCAAGCAAAGUACAUGGUUGAGCUUGAAGUUCAGAUUCCUACUGCUUUUGAUCCAUUCACCGAGGCCAAGGAUUCGGGUGCUCCUGGGGUGAAAGAGUAUGUUCAUAUCCGUAUUCAGCAGAGAAACGGAAAGAAAAAGCUGACGACAGUUCAAGGACUACCCAAAGAAUUCAGCUACGAGAAGAUUCUCAAAGCUGUUAAGAAGGAAUUUUGUUGUAAUGGAAACGUUGUGCAUGACAAAGAACUUGGAGAAGUGAUCCAGCUUCAAGGGGAUCAGCGAAAGAACGUUCAGAGUUUCCUUGUGAACGCUGACCUUGUGAAGAAAGAAUAUAUCAAGAUACAUGGAUUUUAGAGUCUUUAUGAGUUGACCAGUUAUUAUUUCUGUGUGUGGUCUAGGGACCUUGAUAUGAGUAUUUGCAGUCUAUCGCUCUCUGUUGGCUUGACUUGGUGUUUCCUUUUUCAGCCUUUUUGAAUUUUAUUUUUAAGUAAUGGGAAUGACAAAUAGAUGUUCUGGUGUUCCAUUAAUUGUAAUGGUUGCUUAUAGAUUAAUGAAGCAUGAAUUUCAAACUCCCUCA